AUGAUCAAGGCUUCCCCGCCACAGUCUCUGCCUCAGCCUCUGUCCCUGCCUCUGCCCCAGCCUCUGCCCCAGCCUCUGCCUCAGCCUCUGUCCCUGCCUCUGCCCCAGCCUCUGCGUCAGCCUCUGCCUCAGCCUUUGCCCCACCCUCUUCCCCUGCCUCUGCCCAGCCUCUGCGUCAGCCUCUGCGUCAGCCUCUGCCUCAGCCUCUGCGUCAGCCUCUGCGUCAGCCUCUGCCUCUGUCCCUGCCUCUGUCCCUGCCUCUGCCCCAGCCUCUGCCCCAGCCUCUGCCCCAGCCUCUGCGUCAGCCUCUGCGUCAGCCUCUGCCUCAGCCUCUGCGUCAUCCUCUGCCUCAGCCUCUGCCCCACCCUCUUCCCCUGCCUCUGCCCAGCCUCUGCCUCAGCCUUUGCCUCUGUCCCUGCCUCUGUCCCUGCCUCUGCCUCUGCCCCAGCCUCUUCCCCUGCCUCUGCCCCACUCUCUGUCCCAGCCUCUGUCCCAGCCUCUGCCUCAGCCUCUGCCUCUGCCCCAGCCUUCCUCUGCCCCUGCACUGCCCCUGCUUCUCUCUCUGAACCAUCUCUCUCUGGAUCCUUUGUCCAGAGUGUGUUUUAUGUGCGAUUGGACGAGCUCACCUCGGUGUGUGUUCUCCGGCUCAGAGCCGCCACUCGUCGCUGA